AUGAUAAGGACGAACAAUAUUGAUAAGAAAAAAAAAAGGAUUAACCAACUGGAUAAGAUGAAAAAUAAUGAUUCUUAUGAUGAUGAAUUAACAAAUUACACUUCUGAAAGUGAUGACGAAAUGGUUAGCAGUAAUGACAAAAGGGCCAGCAGCGAUGGCGAAAGGGACAGCAGCAAUGACGAAGGUGAUAGCAAAUCAGAAAAACAAAUACAAAUAUAUUUUACUACAAAUAUAAAAAAUGGAAAAUACAAAAUUGAAAAUACUACUUAUACCAUUCCAGUAAGUUUUAAAAGGAUAGAUUUAUCAAGAAUGGUAAAAAAGUUAUUGGAUAUAAAGGAAAAUAUUUCGUUUGAUUUUUUAAUAAAUCAGAAAAUUAUAAGAUCUUCGAUAGAAGAUUUUUUAAAAGAAAAUAAUAUUUUGUCAGAACAGGUUUUAGAGAUAGAAUAUACUAUCCCUAUAAGAAAAAGAGAAAGUACACAUAUUGAUAAAAUUUCUGAAUGGAUUUCUAAAAUGAUUACAAGUGAAAAUACGCUACAUUGUAGUAGUUUUGAAGGUAACAUAUUAUAUUAUGAUUUAAGAAAUAUGAAUAAAAUAUAUGAGAACCGAGUAAGUGAUAGUCCAAUAUUUGCCUAUAAUGUGUGUAAAAUAAAUAAUAGUAUACUUAAUGAUGAGCCACCAUAUCAUGAAUCUGUUGUAGGAUUGUCCAAUGGAACGAUAAGGGUAUUUUUAAAUGAAGAAGACAUUGAUAAAGGAAUUAGAACAAAAAAUGAUUUGUAUUUAGGAUAUCAUGAUGAUAUGAUUAAAUCGUUAGAAUUUAAUAAAGAUCAUUCAUUAAUAAUAAGUGGGGGAUGUGAUAAUAAAAUAAAUAUAUAUGACAAUAAAUAUAUCAUAGAGCAGUUAAAAAUUUAUAAAAAUCAAAAUACUAGUAAUAAAAGAAAAAUUAAAAAUGUUAUAGCACCUAAGAAAUGUAUACAUAAGGAACCCGGAAUAAUAACAGCAUUAAGCUUUUUUGAUAAUUCCAAAUUUUUGUCUACAGGAUUAGAAAAAAACAUAAAAAUAUAUGAUAUAAUUACAGGGAAUAUAUGUACUUCUUUUGCAUACAACAAAUCUGUAGUAUGUUGUGAUAUUCUAAACAAGAAUUUAUUUGUAACUGCUGAUGAACAAUCUAUUAUUAAAUUAUUUGAUAUAAGAUGUGUUCAAGAAAAGUCUGUUAUAUCUUUAAAUGAAAAUAAAUAUUAUUUCCACGAUAAAAUAAUAACAUCUUUGAGAGCAAACAGAAAUAGGAUUCAUUUUUUAUCAUCCUCACAUGAUGGUUAUAUAAAUAUAUAUGAUGUUAGGUUAAAUAAAUUACCAGUAUACACCAUAGAAAAUGAAGAUAAACGAAAAAUUCUUUCAUGCACAUGGUUUUAUAAAGAAGACAACAAUUUUGUCGUCAGUGCAGAUGAGAUUAAUUUAACUGUCCACAGAUUUUAG